AUGGAUAUUUGUCCGAUUAAGAAGCAACUUCAAUCCACUGUACCCUUGCCGUUGGUAUUCAUUCCUGAGGAACUCAUAGCUGAAAUCCUAUCCUUUCUUUCUGUUAAAACUAUAUCGCGAUUCAAAUGCGUGAACAAGUUAUGGAACACUCUCAUCUCCGAUCCAACCUUCGUUGAUAAGCAUCUUAAGAAGUCAUCACAAAAACAACAUCUCAUUGAAGUAUGGAGGGAUACAAGAGAUUUGAUUGUCGUACCAUUCCCCUUGUAUGAUCUACACGAAAAUCCAUCCAUCACUAUUCAUAGAAACAAUCUUCGUUGUUUGAAUGACAGCGAUUAUUCCGUUGUUGGAACUUGCAACGGAUUGAUCUGCUUGUAUAGUAAAUCUCUCUACAAAGUAUCAUCUUUCGGGUAUAAAGAAUCAUCGGUUGAGUAUAUGGAAUACUCAAUCCAUUUGUGGAAUCCUUCCACGAGAAAAAAACCCGAAAAUUUUGCUUCCAUUCGUCAUAUCCAUGAUAUGAAGUCUUUUCAUUUCGCAUUUGGUUAUGAUGACUCAAAAAAAACUUACAAGGUUGUGGCUUAUCAUAUUGAGGCUUGUGCGGAAAGUGAGGUUAAAGUUUUUAGUUCGGGUGAUAAUGUUUGGAGAAAUAUUCAAAGUUUUCCGGUGGUACCUCUUAGUUGGGAGGGGUAUUCCAGUGAAACUUUUCCUAAGAAUGGUGUGCAUUUGAGUAACACUAUUAAUUGGUUGGCUAUUAAUGAGUAUUUCUUUUCUUUUUAUCGAUGCACGAAUAUUACUCAUGUUGAGCAAAUUGUGAUUAUUUCACUUGAUCUUUCGACUGAGACAUACAAAGUGUUGCUUGUGCCUCAAGGUUUAGUUGAGGUGCCACAGAUGCAGCCAGUUGUUAAUGUUUUGAUGGAAUGUCUUUGUUUUUCUCACCAAGAGAAACAUGAAUUUGUUUUAUGGCAGAUGAAAGAGUAUGGAAUUCGGGAAUCUUGGACUCGAUUAUUUAAGAUUAGUUGUCAAAUCCUUCCCAUGGAUUUUAAAGAUGAAUGUUUUCGAAUGGCUUGCCUUUAUAAAAAAGGUGAUAUGGUGGUAUUUGUGAGUGAUUGUUCCCAUGAUCCAGUGAUAUAUAAUUUGAGAGAUAAGAAAGUAGAGGAAGUUAUAGUUAAUGGCGGCGGGUACUGGUUCUGUCAUGUAAAUGUUUAUGUAGAAAGCUUGGUUGGGGUAACUUUUGAUGAGCAGCAUCUUGGUGAAAUUGGAAACGGAGCUAUGGUUGGAGAAGCAAGCACUGGAUAUCAUAGGACGAUGAUGCAUGGAUGA